AAAUAAGUACUUGUGCAUUCAAAGGUGCCAAGGUCUUCAAUUCUCAUCCAGCUGGAAAGUGAGGCAGCUUCUCAUUACUCUCUGUUGAGCAGGACACAAGAGGCUCCGUCCUGGGUUAGCAUGCAGAGACGGAGAGGAAGAACAGAGAGGGUGAGGAGGCGACGAAGCUCUGGCUCAAGAGGAGUGAAUGAGAGCUGCAGAUCUGAAUUUAUAAAGCUAAGAAAAUGGCUGAAAGAGAGGAAGUUUGAAGAUACAGGCUUAUUAGUACCUGCCUGCUUUCCAGGAACAGGAAGAGGGCUGAUGAGCAAAGCGUCGCUGCAGGAGGGCCAGGUGAUUAUCUCACUGCCUGAGAGCUGUCUGCUCACCACGGACACUGUGAUCCGAAGCUCCGUAGGGCCCUACAUUAAGAAGUGGAAGCCUCCGGUGUCUCCUCUGCUGGCUUUGUGUACCUUUUUGGUCUCAGAAAGACAUGCAGGCAGUCAUUCCCUCUGGAAGUCUUACCUGGACAUUUUACCCAAGUCAUAUACCUGCCCGGUGUGCUUGGAGCCAGAAGUGGUGGAUCUUCUUCCGGGACCUUUGAGGGCAAAGGCGGAAGAGCAGAGAGCCCGCGUGCAGGACUUGUUUGCCUCCUCUAGAGACUUCUUCUCUACCCUGCAGCCUCUGUUUGCAGAGUCUGUGGAGAGCAUUUUCAGCUACCAUGCCUUCCUCUGGGCCUGGUGCACAGUGAACACCAGAGCUGUGUACCUGAAGUCUAGGAGGCAGGAGUGCCUUUCCUCAGAGCCAGACACGUGUGCCCUUGCUCCCUUCCUGGAUCUGCUGAAUCACAGUCCACAUGUCCAGGUAAAAGCAGCAUUCAACGAGAAGACCAGGUGCUAUGAGAUUAGAACAGCCUCUCGCUGUAGGAAGCACCAGGAGGUGUUCAUCUGCUACGGUCCCCAUGACAACCAGCGGCUGCUCCUGGAGUAUGGCUUUGUUGCCUUUGGCAAUCCUCACGCAUGUGUUCCUGUCUCAGGAGAGAUGCUGCUCAAGUACCUCCCGCCAGCCGAUAAGCAGGUGCACAAGAAGCUGUCCAUCUUGGAGGAUCAUGGCUUCACAGGAAAUUUGACGUUUGGAUGGGAUGGACCAUCUUGGAGGUUGCUCACAGCUCUCAAGUUGUUGUGUCUGGAAGCCGAGCGGUUUACGUCCUGGAAGAAGGUGCUCAUUGGUGACGUAAUCUCCGAUAUGAAUGAGAAGGCGAGCUUGGGCGUGGCCCAGAAAAUAUGCUCUGAUUUCAUUGCGGAGACUCACGCCGAGCUGCGCAAGGUUUCUGACAUGAAGGAAAGGAAAGGAUCGCUGAUAAGUCAGCUCUGUUUGGUGGAAGCUUUGCGGACGGAAGAGCUGCGGAUUCUUCAGGCUUCUGCUGAGAUCCUGAGUAGUUCGCUGGCCCCCUUGUCCUGAGCUCGAGGGAUCACGUGGCCCCUCCCAUGGAGGGUGCUCUGGCUGCAUUUUCACUGAGGUUGGAAUAAAUGGAUUAUAUGACAUCA